CACGUGACCUCGCGUUUCCGGGGGCGCUGAGGGAUUCCGGCCAGGGUCCCUCCCCAAGCGGAGGGCCCUGUUGGGCCUGGAAAACUACACUUCCCGGCAUGCCUCACCUCGGGUGCGCCUGCGUACCGGAGCAACCCUGCGGUCCAGCGGGUUGGUUUAAAGAGCUGUUUUAGUUCCAUGGAGACAAACUUGCUGGCCCCAGGACCGAGCUACAGGCUGGUGGAUGAAUUGGGGGUGAGGCUGCCGGGCCCGGACAGGAAGCUGAGGUGCAUAUGGAAACUACAGUGUGCAGACCAGUCCUGUCUCCAACCCAUGUCAACGCAACAGCUUCUGAAACAUUCACAGUACUUCAGCAGAAGAUGAGAAUAGUUGAGGAACAGACCAGCUCUCUGAGAGAUGACCUAAUAAUGCUAGGAUAUGGUGACAGACGAGGUCAAUUAGAACCUUCAAACUAUUUAGAAGACCCUGCCAUCCAGAAAGCCAUUAGUCCUAUCCCAAAUGAAGCAAUUUAUCCAGAAAGCCCAGGUAUUUUAUGGAAGAACUAUGAAUUUCUGGUAAAUCGAAUGUGCUAUUUGGAGAACCUCAUCCAGUCCUUGAAGAUGAACAUCUUUUGCCUACAAACUGAAAAGGAAUUGAAUCCACAGAAAACAGCUCUUCUGAAUGAUCAGCUGAAUAUAAUACAGGGGGAGCAUUCCAAGGACCUGAAGCUGUUGCAACUGGAAGUGAUGAACUUGCGCCAGCAAUUGAAAGUUGUCAAGGAGGAGGAAGACAGGGCACAGGAUGAAGUACAGAGAUUGACUGCUACUCUAGAAAUUGCCACAGAGACAAAGAAGGAUGCAGCUGUCAUUGAGGAGGAGCUGAAGACCACAAAGCGUAAAAUGAACCUCAAAAUUCAAGAGCUACAGCGGCAACUGGCUCAGGAGAAGCAUGUCAGGGAAUCUCUUGAGAAAUCUGCAUCGUCCAUGCUCCUCAAAGUACAAGAGAUGGGGUCAGUGGUGGAGGCAGAACGGCAGCAGGUACACACUUUGCAGCAGAAGUGCAUUGUCCUACACAGCUCUAUGAAAGCCACCCAAGAACAGCUGGCCCAGGAACAGCGGAAGAAUGAAGACUUGGAGAAGACUGCCUUGCAGCUCAAGUCCGAUCUGAAUUCCAGAGAUAACCUCAUCUGCAAGUUGGUUGAAGAAAGUAAGGGUAUACAAUUGUCUCUCAAGAAGGAACAUGAAGAAAACAUAUAUUUGAAAUCUGAAAUACUUUCCCUUCAAGAUGUAUCAAGAAAAGCACAGGUUUUGAAUGACCAGCUUUCCAAAAAGUGUUCAGAGCUAACCAGCAUGCUUCAGGUUGUUAAAAUGGAAAAUUCCAAAAUUAUUGCUGAACAUCAUGCUAUUUUGAAGGUGGAGCAGAAAAUGAUAACGGAGACAUUUCAAGAGCAAAAUUUACUAUUAGACGCAGCCCAUGCCAGCAUCACAGAAGAGCUCCAAACUGUGCAGAAUGAAAAAGUGCAACUCCAGACGCACCUAGAUCACCUAAUCCUUGAGCACAAUCAGUGUCUUCAGAAAGCACAGGAGGCUGAGAAGAGGACAAUGGUACAGAAAGAACUUUUGGAAUCGACUAUCGCAAGACUACGAGGUGAACUGGAAGCUUCAGUGCAGGAAAAGAAGUCUCUGUUGGAGAAGAAUGAAUGGUUUCAGAGGGAGGUAGGGCUGUUUGUGAAGUCUGCUCUGCCUCAGAGAUUCCCUGUUGACCCCUUUUCUGAGAGGAUGUACUAUCUCUGCAGUAUUAAUAAAACAGAAAAAGAAGUAGCCAAAGAAAAAUGCAAUUUGGAAAAGGAAUUAGCUAAAAGCAAGGAAGACAUUAAUGUGUUGAAUCAGAACCUGCAGACUCUAGUAGAAGAAAAUAAGCAUCUGACAGAUAAAAUGGCUUCCCUCGAACAUCAGAAAGCCACUUCUGACUACCAAGGGUGUGCUCAGCAGAAAGUGGAAAAGGCCUUGGAAAAAAUUACUGAUAGCAAAAAUAAGCUCGCCUAUGAAAAGGGGAAACUCCAGAUAAAAGUUAAACAGCUAGAAGAACAGCUGCACUCAUUUACUGAAACCAUGUUGCAGAAAGACCAUCUACACAAACUGAACAAAGCUUUAGAGGUCAAAUAUGCUCAGGCCAUCUCAGAGCUGAAUGCCAACAAGGCAUAUUUGCAGCAGACAGAAGUUCACCUGAAAGAGAUGAAAUCUAUUCUUGGGAAAAGUGAGGAAGAGCUGGCCCAAGCCGUGAAGUGCCGAGAUGCUGCCUUGAGGGAGAGCCAGAAGUUGAAAGGGGACCUGGAGGCACUGGAGGACAGGGAGACCAAGAAGGUGGGAAACUUUCAGAAACAAUUAGCAGAGGCUAAAGAAGACAACUGCAAGGUUACAAUCAUGCUGGAAAAUGUGCUGGCUUCUCACAGUAAGAUGCAGGGAGCCCUGGAGAAAGUCCAGAUCGAGCUCGGGCGGAGGGAUUCAGAGAUCGCAGGCCUCAAGAAAGAAAGGUCUCUAAAUCAACAAAGAGUACAGAAGCUUGAAGCAGAAGUAGACCAGUGGCAGGCCAGGAUGCUGAUCGUGGAGGCCCAGCACAGCAGUGAGAUGGAGCCACUACAGAAGUCUCUAGAUAUAACUAGAGAAGACAACAGGAAACUGGCCAUGAGCCUGGAGCAAGCUCUCCAGACAAAUGGCCAUCUGCAGUCUAAGCUUGAUCACCUCCAAGAAAAACUAGAAAGCAAAGAGCAUGAGCGACAGAGUCUGGAAGCCUUCAAAGAGCAGGCUGCUGAGGAAUCCAAAGUAGAAGCAGAACUGCAUGCAGAGCGCAUCGAAGCUCUGAGGAAGCAGUUUCAGACCGAGAGAGAGACCGCAAAGAAAGCGUCACAGAGGGAAGUUUCGGAGCUGAAGAAAGCUCUUGACGAAGCUAACUUCAGAUCGGUGGAAGUGUCCCGGACAAACCGAGAGCUGCGGCACAAAGCUACGGAGCUGGAAAAAGUGGUGAACAGCAACAAGGAAAAGCUCAAGAACCAAAGGGCCCAGAUAAAGCUGCACUUGUCAGCCAAGGCGAAUAACGCACAGAACGUGGAGCGGAUGAAGCAAAUAGAAGUGGAAUUGAGGCAAAUGGAGAUAAUUAAGGAUCAAUAUCAGAAAAAGAACUAUGAACAGUCAUUGAGCAUCCAGAGAUUUGUAUCUGAGAUGAAUACCCUGCAGAAAGAGAUGGAGCUGUUAGCUAAGAGCCAGUAUGAGACCACAGCGAGAAAUAAACAGCAAGAAUUGAGACUAGUGGCUGAGCGAAAAAUACGGCAGGAACUAGAAAAUCGGUGCAAGGAAUUGGAAGAAACUGUCAGACACCUGAAGAAAUGUAAAGAAGCAACAGAAAAUAAACUAAAAGAAGCCAGUGUGGAGUCAGAACAGAUAACAGCUAAUCUGGAAGAAGCUCACCGCUGGUUUAAAUGCAGGUUCGAUGGACUACAACUUGAGCUGACAAAAAACCGGUUGCAGAGGCUUCCCCGGGAAGACAGGUGGCUGGAAGAGAAUCAAGAUAUGAGGCGUAAUGUUGCAACCAGCCAAUCUGUUCUACAUCGAUGGGAAACUAAACAGAACCUUGGGCUUAUGCCCAAGAAGUACCAUUUUGACACAGAUAAAAAGAAGUGACCUUGACACAGGAGUCUCCUCCAUAGAAGCUAUUCCUCGGUGAUUCUGCUGGCCAGCAAGUGGGGCUGGCCUGUGUCCACAUUAUAAGAACGUGAUGCGUGCUGAAGGUUUUGGAUUUGAUUCUUUAUAAACUCUUUUGUAUUACUGCAGGACCAACCCAUCUUUCCUUUCCCUAUUUUCUUCCAAAUAAAUUUAAACUAGUUUGUUUUAUGAUAGAA